CUAAUACGUAUAUUUUCUAGGUAGCUUGAUAACAAAUCUAUAGAGUAUGAUUGCUGAAAGAACGAUAGCGUUGCUGCUGAUCGGUGCAGUGUAUUCGUGCAUCGCUGCCUCGUUAAAUCAAAACACUCAGUUUGUGAUAACUGGGCUAAAAUCGACACGAGGUGAUGCGCCCCUCAAUCGAGUCCGACGAUCUUCUGGUGGAAGACCAACAAUGACACGAUUUCACGUCAACUCCGCUGUGACGUCACGAUACAGCAGAGUGAUUGUGACGAGUGUUGUUGAAAACAAUGACAAUUCUGCAAAAGAAGCGGCUAUCGAAAUGAGACUUCCCAAAACCGCUUUUAUCUCGAAUUUUUCAAUGGUCAUUGAAGGCGUCACAUACGUUGGUAUAGUGCGUGAUAAAGCGGCAGCGAAAGCAGCUUACAGUGCUGCGAUUGCACGGGGCGAAUCAGCUGGCUUGGUUACGGCGAAGAUACGAGAAGCUCAAACUUUCGACGUAUCUGUAAACGUAGCAGCUGGUAGCUCAGUCACAUUUACAUUAGAAUACCAAGAACUCCUUAAGCGAAAACUCAGUCGUUACCAUCACGUGAUAUACGCAGACCCUGGCCAAGUCGUUGGCGAUUUUAAAAUUGAAGUGGAAAUAACAGAACCUACUGGACUUACCACUGUAACUGCCACCCCACCCUCACCAAAGUUAAGACGAACAAUCAACCCUGACACCUUCGACACUGGCAAUGUGGAAAUACGAAGAAGUGAAACUCAAGCCUACGUCUCUUAUCGGCCAACACGCGAACAGCAACGAAAUAUACGACGACGAAGUGAUCUUUCAUUUUUGGUUAAUUAUGACGUAACAAGGGAAGAACUCGGUGGUGAGAUUUUAAUAAAGGAUGGUUACUUUGUUCAUUUCUUUGCCCCAACCAACCUACCAGUGAUCCCGAAAAAGGUUGUGUUUGUGAUCGACGUGAGCGGUUCAAUGUCGGGUCACAAAAUUGUUCAAACCAAAGAAGCGCUUAGAACUAUCUUAGACGAUUUGAACGAAAUUGAUCAGUUUAACAUUAUUACAUUUUCUUCUACCACAAAUGUGUGGCAUCCUAAUGAAAUGGUGGAUGUCAAUCCAACCAACAUUCGCAACGCUAAAAAACAUGUUCGAUCAAUGUACGCAAGAGGAGGAACUAAUUUCAACGCUGCGGCACUGGAUGGAAUACAAUUGCUUGAAACCAUCUCAUCAAAUAGAACCAAUACGUUGGAAGAAGCGUCCAUGAUGAUAUUGUUAACAGAUGGUCAGCCAACUGUUGGCGUUACUGGUAACGAGGCGAUUCGGCGAAAUAUUCGUGAAAGGGUGAACGGUCGAUACUCAAUAUUCUGCCUUGGGUUUGGUCAACACCUUGAUCACGAAUUUCUUGAUCAAAUUGCAUCGGAAAAUAAAGGAUUAUCUCGAAAAAUUUAUAACGACGCUGAUGCCGCGUUACAACUCAAGGAUUUUUACGAUGAGGUGGCUUCACCACUUCUUGCUCAUGUCAUUAUGCGAUACACAGGUCCUGAUCUUGAUGGACUUACUAAAACAACUUUUGAUAACUUUUUUGAUGGUUCUGAAAUUUUGGUUACUGGUCGCAUUCAAUCGAGCCAAGUUCCACAACCAUUAAUUUGCAUAAUUGGCGGGUCAACUGCUGAAGGUUUGGUUUCGAUUGUAUCUCAAGGAAAACAUUUUGAAGAAAGCUUUUCACACGAUUGGUUUAACAUGGAAAAGAUCUGGGCAUAUCUUACGAUUAAAGAGAUGCUUCGAAACAAGUCGCACGUACCUGAUGACGACACGACUACCCAUCAAAAUAUAAAAAAUGAAAUUGUUCGACUGUCUCUUUUGUACAACUUCGUGACGCCUAUGACAUCGAUGGUAGUUACAAAACCAGAUGAAGACGUACUUGCAUCAACAGUUCCACCAACAAUCAAUACACCUUAUCCUCGACCCUACCCGAGGCGACAUCACAGUUUUGGAAGAACACUCGGUAGGGGCAGAAUGGCAGGUCCUGCUGCUUAUCCAUCAAGAGCAUACAGUCGAGUGCAAUCGGUACCAAUGGGUUUUGCGCCAGUACUACAAGCUGUCAGCAACGACAUGUACCUAAGUGCAAUGAGAAAUCUAUAUUUACAACCUCUUCUCCAAGCAUCCACAACCACCACCACCACUACUGCACCAGCAACCACCACCACAACGACGACAACAAGCAGUCCCACAACCGAAGUUAUACCACCGCCGAUCCCCAGUGAUCCAUUUAUUCAAACCUACACCUGUGGUAGUCCGCUCUCUUUAAAUUCGACGGUUAAUAUUACCACACCAAGAUAUCCAGGUUUGUAUCCAUCUGACAUACGUUGUGUUUGGCACAUCAAUGCGAUUUCUGGAAACUCUUUUCCCAUCAGCAUGGAGAUACAAAAAUUAGAUACAGAGGCCGCCCCUAAUUGUGCUAGAGAUCGUAUCCUCGUGUAUCCGGACUUUGGUGAGCCAUCAUCCUCAGAAACUUUACAAUUCUGCGGAUAUAGUCACACCAGAACCAUCCUACAAGCUCAGCAAAAUUUUGUCGUGGUCUUCGAAUCUGACGAUCUUGUCCAAGGUCGUGGGUUUCUUGCUACGUUUGCGUUGGUGCGCUAAAUUAAAGCUAACGCUGCCUAUAUUCUAAGAGCGUGUAUAUAAAUAAAACACAAAAUGAAUAUUU